GAGCGCCGCGGGGUCGCGCUGCACAGCCUGCGGCGCAGCGGAGGCGGAGCGCAGUCAAGUCUGCAGAGUGGUGCGUCUGUAGCCAGCAAAUUACUUUAUCAUCUAGAUUAUCCAUUCAAUUGAUCCUAAUUAGCAAGGAUAACAAGAAUCGUCCGCACUUCAGUCCCCGGCAGCGUGACCAUGUCGAGACCCCGGAAGAGGCUGGCUGGGACUUCUGGUUCAGACAAGGGACUAUCAGGAAAACGCACCAAAACUGAGAACUCAGGUGAGGCAUUAGCUAAAGUGGAGGACUCCAACCCUCAGAAGACUUCAGCCACUAAAAACUGUUUGGAGAAUCUAAGCAGCCACUGGCUGAUGAAGUCAGAGCCAGAGAGCCGCCUAGAGAAAGGUGUAGAUGUGAAGUUCAGCAUUGAGGAUCUCAAAGCACAGCCCAAACAGACAACAUGCUGGGAUGGUGUUCGUAACUACCAGGCUCGGAACUUCCUUAGAGCCAUGAAGCUGGGAGAAGAAGCCUUCUUCUACCAUAGCAACUGCAAAGAGCCAGGCAUCGCAGGACUCAUGAAGAUCGUGAAAGAGGCUUACCCAGACCACACACAGUUUGAGAAAAACAAUCCCCAUUAUGACCCAUCUAGCAAAGAGGACAACCCUAAGUGGUCCAUGGUGGAUGUACAGUUUGUUCGGAUGAUGAAACGUUUCAUUCCCCUGGCUGAGCUCAAAUCCUAUCAUCAAGCUCACAAAGCUACUGGUGGCCCCUUAAAAAAUAUGGUUCUCUUCACUCGCCAGAGAUUAUCAAUCCAGCCCCUGACCCAAGAAGAGUUUGAUUUUGUUUUGAGCCUGGAGGAAAAGGAACCAAGUUAACUGAGAUACUGCUGCUGGAAUGGGUGAGACAUUGCUGCAAAGAAGUCAAGCUUUUUUCAGGCAAAAGAAGGUGUGAGGGGGCUUGCUUGGUAUGCUUACCUGGGCUUGUGUACCUCAGUGGUUUUUGUGUACUUUUUUCAAUAAAAUAUCAAAGUUGAAGAA